AUGUCUAUCCUUCUCCCUGCUAAUUUACAACAAUGCCCUUCUCCCUCCCUCUCGCCGUCAACCCCACUCUUCUCCACGUCUCCCUCCACCGCUUUCUCCUUCGUCGGAACUCGCAUGAGAGACCUCAGACUGGUUACUUCCUGCGUCGCCUCCGUUCAAAGCACUGUCACUAAUGGUUCCGCUGCUCCUGCCGCCCCCGUUGUCGUGGAGCGAGAGCAGAUUCGGCUUGGUCUUCCUAGCAAAGGACGCAUGGCCGCGGACUCCAUCGAUCUUCUCAAGGACUGUCAACUUUUUGUCAAACAAGUCAAUCCUAGGCAAUACGUUGCAGAAAUUCCCCAGUUACCAAACACUGAAGUCUGGUUUCAACGGCCAAAAGACAUUGUCAGGAAGUUACUCUCAGGAGAUCUGGAUCUAGGUAUCGUUGGUCUUGACACACUUUGUGAAUAUGGUCAGGAAAAUGAAGAUCUUAUCAUUGUCCAUGAAGCUCUCAACUUUGGAGACUGUCACCUGUCCAUUGCGAUACCCAACCAUGGGAUUUAUGAGACCAUAAAUUCUCUCAAGGAGCUAGCAGAAAUGCCGCAGUGGAGUGAGGAGAGACCAUUGCGUGUUGCCACUGGCUUCACUUAUCUUGGUCCCAAAUUUAUGGAAGAAAAAGGCAUACAGCAUGUAACGUUUUCAACUGCAGACGGAGCUCUGGAGGCAGCUCCGGCGAUGGGGAUAGCUGAUUGCAUUUUGGACCUUGUGAGUAGUGGGACAACACUCAAAGAGAACAACUUAAAAGAGAUUGAAGGAGGGGUUGUGCUGGAAAGUCAGGCGGCACUUGUGGCAAGCAGAAGAGCAUUGACCGAGAGAAAAGGAGCCUUAAAAACUGUACACGAGAUUCUCGAGAGAUUAGAGGCACAUCUUAAGGCUGAUGGCCAAUUUACUGUACGCACUUUGCUCUUGUGAAGAUGUUUCAUUGCUUUUUCUCUAAUAUUGUUAUUUCAGGUUGUUGCAAACAUGAGAGGAAAUAGUGCUCAAGAAGUGGCUGAGCGUGUGUUGAGUCAACCAUCACUGUCAGGAUUGCAAGUAAUGUUUCGUGAUGGUGGAAAAUGUCUUAAGCCUUAGCUUUUUUGUAUUUCUCACUGAUCGUUUAUGGCUUCUCUUAUAUUGAGCAGGGACCAACAAUAAGCCCAGUUUACUGUAAACAAGAUGGAAAAGUAUCGAUUGACUACUAUGCUAUAGUGAUUUGUGUGCCGAAAAAGGCCUUAUACGAGUCUGUGAAGCAACUAAGAGCGGUUGGAGGCAGUGGGGUAUUAAUUUCACCUCUUACCUACAUUUUUGAUGAGGAUACUCCAAGAUGGGGUCAACUCAUGAGAAACCUCAAGCUUAAAAUGUAAUGGUAAGGAAAAUGCAUUCAGUGAACAAGUUUUAAGAAGAUCCUUUGGUGUAAAUCUCUGGGUGGGUACCUUUGUCUCAACUUUGUAGUUGUAUCGUUGCUGUUGUAAUUUCUACCUCGCUUUAUCUGUAUGGAUCCUACCCUCUUGUUAAAUCUGUGGGGACUAUUAAUAAAAUGAAAUAAAAGAUUAUGUUUGAGUUUAAG